AUGAAUAAUUUAGAUUAAUCAAUUGAAUCGGAAUUCAAUGAGUUCAAAGCAGAAGAUUAAUAAUCGGAGAUGGUCAUUAAUAAUCCUGAAUCAUUAUCCUUUUAAGUUAAAUCUUAGUAACAAUAGCAAAAUUCAUCUAUACAAUAUUAAUCUGAUUAACAAUUAUAAUCAAAUUAAUAGAGCUUCAUCUAUUUUUAGGAUUAACCUUAAGUAGAAAUAUUUGACACAUCCUAAAAUGAGAUAGAACAAAAUCUAAAUAUUAGCUUUCAGGAUAUCAUUCGGCUUCUAUCUAAUAAUCAAUGCCCUUAGUUGACUAAUACACUUAAAAGAGUGAUUUAAAGAAGCUAUAUAGUCUUAAAUGUGUUGACUAUUCUAAAUUUUAUCUUCUUAAUGAAUGAAGUUGCAGCAUUGUAUUUUUCCUUAAUUGCAAAGAAUGAAAUAAAAGAAUUAUUCGGUGUUUAUUUUGGAUUCAAUCUAAUAGCAGAUUGUCUGAUGAUAUAUAUUAAUUGCUAAUUAAGAUAUACAAUAAAUGAAGCCGAAAAAAUAAAUAAUCGUGAUAUUACUCAUCAAAUUAUUGAAUUCUUAAAAUAUGCUAGUUCAGAAUAUUAUCCAUUCCAUAACUACAUGUUAGACGAGGACUUUAAUAUUGCAGUGUAAUAAGUGGCAUCAAGAAUAUCUGGAUAUAUUACAACGUCAAAAUGGAUUUCUUAUUUAGUUGAAAGUUAAAAUUCCUAAAUAAUUUUACUGAUUAAAGUAUGUGUAUUGUUGAAGAUAAUAUUAUUUGCUUGGGGAAACAUAACAAUAUUGCAAUUGGGAUUUCUAAAUUGGGAUAAUUAGAUGAAUAGCAGAGAUUAUUACCAAUCUAUAUUAAUAGUCUUGACUUUAUUUUCAAUGUUGAUGGGCUACAUAAUUAUAGCUUUAAUCAUCAGUGUAUUAUUAAUAAUAAGCACCAUAAUUCCAAUAUUAAUAUGGAUAUUUGUUUGCUAGUCAUGCUGUUGGUGCACUAAUCGUUAUGAUUAAUAUCAACAAAAUAGUAUUUAAUAAUAAAGGCAAAAGUUUAUAUCAAAUUUAGAUUCAUAAAAAUUCUAAGUAUUAAAGGAGUAGGAUAAAAAUAUGCAUGAAGAGUGUACAAUAUGUUUAUAGGCCUAUCAAAUUGAUGAUAAUUGCAUCAAAUUACCUUGCAAUGUUAAUGGUGGGACUAAGCAAAUCGAUCACAUUUUCCAUGAUGAAUGUAUAAGAAUUUGGAUAAAAGAACAGAGUUCCUGUCCGAUUUGUAGAACUAAAUUUAUUGAAAGGACUUGA